AUGAUUAUUGAUAACUGUGUUCAACAACCAGGUGGAGGUUUCACAACCAACAGCUUGAUCAAAGCACGUUGGACUGUCAUCAAGAAAAUUGGACAGGGUGCAUUCGGUGAAAUCUAUUCAGGAAAGAAUAUCAUCAACAAUGAAUAUGUAGCUAUAAAAGUUGAGAAGAUCGACACUAAGAAACAAGUACUUAAAUUAGAAGUUGCUGUUUUAAAGAAAUUACAAGCAUGUCCAUAUGUAUGUAGAUUCAUAACAUGUGGAAGACAUGGAGAUUAUAAUUAUAUGGUGAUGGAACUUCUUGGUGACAAUCUAUCGGAUCUGAGAAGAAGACAAGUCGAUGGAAAGUUUUCGAUGACUACCACACUGAAGCUUGGUAUUCAAAUGAUUCAGUCACUCGAGGCAGUACAUGAUCUUGGUUAUUUACAUCGUGAUGUUAAACCAUCGAAUUUCGCUAUUGGAUUAGGACCAAAUAAGAGACAUAUUACAUAUUUAAUUGAUUUCGGAUUGAAUCUACUACGCGAAUGCUACACUGAGAAAGGAGGAGUCGACAAUACUCCUUUCGAUUGGGAGCUAACCACAGCCACCACCAACCAAAGCAACACAAGCACUGGAACAUUACAAUUACCAAAAGUAACAUUACCAUCACCAUCAACAGUUGAGGUGGAGGCAAGUAGAUCACGUGAGAAUGACAGUCAGCGUGUAAAUUCCAAACCAAACAAAGAUUCACCACCCAUUGAGAAUGAAACGGGAUCACCUCAACCUCAGAUUCAUCGUAAGGAUUCUGCGAGUGCAUCGGUCAUUGCCGCAUCGUCAGAGGCUGAAAACAAGUCGGGAUCGUGGAACAAUAAGAGCUCACCACGAACCAAAAAAGAUCACGCUGGACAUCAACUGCACAGCGAAGAACCUUCCACCGGUAAAUACAACCAGCAGCAGCAGAAACCGAGCCAUUCAUUGGCACCCAACAACAGCAACAACAACAACAAUCAUAACAACAGCAGUAAUCAGAUAGCACAAAACGAUCAACAAUCUAAAAUCGCAAUUUCAAGCUCACAUUCGAAAUCCAAAGCCAAGUGUUGUGGUGGUAAAUGUACAAUCAUUAGUAAUAGUACUUUUUAA